CAUGUGCGGUCGUGUCUGUGAGCUCCGUCACAAUUAAAUGAACACAGGCCUCGUCGGUUCAGGUCGCUCUCCUGGAAUUUAACUAUGGCCUUGAGCGUCAAACUGAACACCGGGGCAAACAUUCCGAUUGUCGGUCUCGGAACAUGGAAGUCCGCUCCUGGGAAAGUGACAGAGGCGGUGAAGGCGGCCAUCUUGGCAGGAUACCGGCACAUCGACGGCGCCUACGCCUACGAGAACGAGCCGGAGGUCGGAGAGGGUAUCCAGGCCAUGGUCAGGGACGGGGUGGUGACUAGGAAGGAGCUCUUCGUGGUCAGCAAGCUGUGGUGCACUUUCCAUGACAGGGCUAUGGUGAAAGCUGUAUGUCAGAAGACGCUCAGUGACCUUCAGCUGGACUACCUGGACAUGUACCUGAUUCACUGGCCAAUGGGCUUCAAGGCUGGGAACGAGCUCAUGCCUGUGGACAGCCAGGGGUUAACGGUGUCUGAUGGCACCAGCUUCCUGGACACCUGGGAGGGGAUGGAGGAGCUGAUCGACCUGGGACUGGUCAGAGCCAUCGGAAUCUCCAACUUCAACCGGCAGCAGAUGGAGGAACUGCUGAACAAGCCAGGCCUCAAACACAAACCAGCCACUAAUCAGAUCGAGUGCCACCCGUACCUGACCCAGGAGAAGCUGAUUGACUACUGCCACUCUCAGGGCAUCAGUGUGACAGCCUACAGUCCCCUAGGCUCCCCAGACAGGCCAUGGGCCCAGGCCAGCGAGCCCUCCCUCCUGGAAGACCCCCGUAUCCAAGCCAUCGCCGACAAACACCGGAAGACCCCAGCACAGGUCUUGAUUCGCUUCCACAUCCAGAGGAAUUUGAUCGUCAUUCCCAAAUCAGUCACACCUCAGCGCAUCCAGGAGAACUUCCAGGUGUUUGACUUUGAGCUGAGCGAGGGGGACAUGCAGACCCUGCUGGGUCUGGACCGCGGCUGGCGGUGCUGCCCCUUCCCCAGCUCAGCGAAGCACAAGGACUAUCCGUUCAACACCGAAUUCUGAGGCUGCUAUCACGCCUUUAACCGUGAAAUAACGAGCAGGAAGUGCAUUGCGGAAUGCCCACCAGACCUGUCAUAACAGACAGCCCAAAAUGACAGAAAACUACAAACCCCAGAAACUACAAAACUCAGGUUGCAUUAUUGUACUUAGCAGCAAGUGGUCAUUAUUUUCCACAACCAUGCAAUUUAAACAUGAUCCAAGCAGAAUAAUAAAUUAUAUAUCCGGUU